AUGCCAACCUCCGUGUUCGUCUCAAAAGUGCGCCACCGCCAGCCGACUCCUGUUCACGACCCAAACACUCCUCUCCUUCAUGGCCCGAAGGUGCAGCCUCAGCCUCAUAUGCACAGGCACCAGCCACGACAUCCCAAGCUCCCACCUCUCACAGCAGCAUCCGGCCUCAAUUCUAGUAAAGAGCUCACCCUCUUCCGCCCGGUGGAGCCAGUGCUGGGGCUCAAGUGUUGCGGAGGUCGGGUUCUCCGAGUGGGACGACCAGGAAGCACCCAUCCGUUCCUGUGGACCCAGAAUCAGAAGGCCCAGAUGGGAACAGGGCCUCUCCCAGAUGCUCCCGAAGCCAGGAAACACCUCUCUGCUGUAUAG